UAGAUUCAAAAUUAUCACGUGACAAAAAAACUGUUACCAAUGGUAACGAUCAAGAUUUGGAAUUAUCUCUCAGCACAGGCGAUGAUAUCUCUGCAUCGACAGCUAUUGAGGGGGUGGACACUAAAGUGUUCCAGGAUAACUUAUCAUGCGACACAAAAAUGAUCACUUGUACCGAUAGCGAGAAUGUCUUAUCAGAUGAAACAUCUGAGCCAAUUGCUACACAACCACUUGAUAGAAAUCAAGUCACUGAACAAAUUUUAAAGCGUGAUCUUUCUAGACCUAUUUCUUCAGUAGCAUCA